AUGAAUGCUAUGGAUACAGAAACCGCCAUAAAUUGGGCACAAUGCGAUUCAUGUUCCAAAUGGCGAAAAUUACCAUCGGAUUAUCCACUGGAUCAAUUGCCUAAUGAUUGGGUUUGCUCCAUGAAUCCUAAUAAAAAAUUUUCUUCCUGCGAUAUACCGGAGGAGGCAUAUAAUGACAUAGAAAAGUUAUCAAUUGAUAAUAAUCUACCAAUUGAUCCUAAAUGUCAACUCCCUGACCUUCAUCCGGAUACCAUACCCAGCACUUACGCAGUUAUAUCAUCAGCGCCCAUACCUAGGGCUAAGUUAGACACAGGCAUUAAGCAGGAGCACAUACCAGAAUCCACAGUAACAUCCACAUGUUUACCAAUCAAACCCUUGGAUGCCGAGAGUGGAAACUGCUUGACUACCAAAUAUUGUAAAGAAUCUUUACUAAAUUUACAAAUACCUCCCAUCCCGCUGAAAACGGGGAUUGUUGAGAUACCACCAAUUGAUGCCAAGGAAUUUAACUAUUACAAUCUCAAUGAUCUUCUCAUGAAGGUGGAUAAGAUUGAACUUCCGCAAUUGUCAGACCUACCGAAAGUCACCAAUACUGAUAUCAGUAAUAUUGCCCAGGAGAUUAAAACAUACCCUAGUACUGAUGAUAAACAAAAAAUUUCACAUAAAGACAUGAAUAAUACGCAUGUUAAGGGUAUUAUAAGCAAUGGUCACAGCAGGAAAACCUAUACCAGAUCCUGCAACUAUGGCAUUAAAGACAACAAUAAAGUAUACGAUAAUUGCUAUAGCAAAAGGUAUGAUAAAAAGCGCCAGGAUACUAAUGCAAGCAAUAGGUAUAAUAAUUUUGAAAAAUAUGAAAAUGAGACAUACAAUAGUUAUUCGGGCAGAACAAUAAAACCCAGUAGGCAUGAUGAUUACAUCAAGACGGAGUCCAAAUAUAAGCCUUCAACAUCCAAUAAUUUUAACUUGAGGGGCAGAAGAGGAAAUAAGUCAUAUUUGACAAAGAAGACAAAAAAGGAGAUAUUGCCGUUGUCAUUGGUUAAUUGGGUGCAAUGUGAGGGGUGUAAAAAGUGGAGACAAUUGCCAAGUCAUGUUAACGUGGAAAAGUUACCGGAUAAUUGGUAUUGUAAGAUGAAUAUAUGGGAUCCACCUAAGGCUGAUUGCUCAGUACCGGAGGAUCCAGAACCUCUACCAUGCGGUGCAGAUUCAAAUUCCUCAGCAGUUUCUUUACCUUCAAACCAACUAUCUAAAACAAUAACUCAUAAAGGCAAAAGAAAAAAGCAUAAGAAGGUGGAGCAAAUGAUGCAAAUUGAAUGUACCCAUGACUUUUCCAACGUACAUUACAUUGAUUGCCCCAACAAAGAUUAUGUUGCUGGACAUCCAGUGGGAGAUAGGCUUGUUUUAUAUUCUCAAUCAAACAGUGAUAUGUCAGUUUGUAAGACAUUGGGGGAUGUAGCUGUCUUUUCCAAAUAUACUAAAGAUCCCAAUUUGGACAAGAAGCGACCGCCCACUGAUCCACUAGUAUUAUCAUUUGGCUGCAAAACUGAAUGGAAUUUAGACACCACAUAUACUAUGGUUACUGAACGACAGAUUGAGAGUGAACUUGAAAAGGUGGAAAAGGAGGAGGACCAAUUUUCGCAUAAUGGAUUGGCUGGAGGGCUGGAUAAAUUGUUGCAAUUAUGUCCAAAUCUUCGUGGACAAGUAGGUAAACGAAAAAUAAUACCUUCAAAUUGGCCAAACAAAUUAUUGUUUACAAACAUUUAUCCGAUGAAGAAUGAUAUCGAAACUGUACAUAGACAGGUUGAUAAUGAAGAGACAUUUGAAAAGUUGUCUGCAUGGAUGAAGAGCAACAAAAAGGUCGGUUUUAGCCCUAAUUCACCAUACGCUAACAUGUUGUUAUAUUCUGCUGUUGAACAUACGGAAGGAUAG